AUGCCCCUGAACCGACAAACGUUAUUCCACAGAAGAAGUUUUAAAUAUCCGACUUAUUUCGAAAUUAUGACUGAAGCCGAAAAAUUGCAUGCUGGAGUCACUAGAAUGUUAACAAAGGAUCAAUUUAUUUACAUGUUGAACAUAUGGGUACAAGAACCUGAUAUAAGACACGAAUUAGAACUCGCAUUUCAGGUAUUUGACACAGAAAAGAGACACUAUUUAGAAGUUGAUGAAAUCAGAGAAAUAGUGACGGCUUACGGUGAUGAACCAUACACGGAAGCUGAGGCAGUGGAAAUAUUGCGUGACGCCAAUGUUCGUGGGGAUGGACAUGUCUUCUAUUGGGACUUUAUAGAAAGCUUAUUCAAUUUAGCUCCAGAAUUGUACGGAUUAAAGACUGAUUAUUUGUAUGAAGAUCCCGAUGAAGACCCAUCUGUGCCCCCAGAGCCGGUCAUUGAACCUCCACCUCCACCACCACCGCCUCCCCCGCCUCCUCCACCUCCUCCACCAGCAAAAGGCAAAAAAAAGAAAAAAUGA